CACCGCGCACCAUGGCGCCCCACCGUUACUCCCCGAGCCGCUCAGCCGCCAUACAGAGCGAGACAGCCGCUAGAGCUGCCCCGUACGGUUCCCAUUACGGAGAACCACACAGGUUUGAUCCUUCCUUCAGAGGUCCAGUCCGCAGAAGAAGCUGCACUGAUAUUGUAUGUUGUUUGAUUUUCAUCAUUGUCGUCCUCUCAUAUAUGGCCCUGGGGAUAGUGGCCUGGUUACAUGGGGAUCCCAAGAAGGUGCUCCAUCCAACAGACAGUUAUGGCCAGUUCUGUGGUCAGAAGGGGACUUCUAAUGGGAAGAAACCCAUGCUAUUCUAUUUCAACAUCUUGAGAUGUGCCAACCCAUCUGUACUCAUCAACCUACAGUGCCCUACAACUCAGAUGUGUGUGUCACAGUGUCCUGACAGGUUUGCCACCUAUACUGAGAUGCAGCUGCAGAACAAAUUCAGCAAGAGUUACUGGGAAUACUACAGACAGUUCUGUAAGCCUGGAUUUAACAACCCUGACAAGCCAGUAUCUCAGGUUCUACGAGAUGAGGACUGCCCCUCCAUGAUUGUGCCUAGUAGAUCAUUUUUCCAGAGAUGUCUCCCAGACUUCAUCAUUCUGAAUGGGACUGUGACUGUAGCUAACAGAACCAGCUUUAAGGAUGCUUUGGAAAUGGCACACAGUGUUGCUGAACUCCAACAUGCUGCCAAGGGUAUAAAAGGACUACUGGACACUAAGGAGCUGGGCCUGAAGAUAGUGGAAGAUUAUGCCAAGUCAUGGGCAUGGAUACUCAUAGGUCUGCUGAUAUCAUUGGCUGUUUGUCUGGUCUUCAUUCUGCUGCUGAGGUUUACAGCUGGAUUGCUGUUGUGGACUACCAUCAUCACUGUCAUACUGCUGUUGGCAUACGGUAUGUGGUACUGUUUCAUGGAGCUGGCCCAGCUGAGACACACACCAGGCUCUGAAGUUGCCAUUGUAGAGGUUGGCCUGCAGACUGACCUGCAGGUCUAUCUACAGCUUACACAGACGUGGAUCAUAUUAUUGGUGUCUCUGGGAGUGGCAGAAGCUUCCAUCUUUUUGAUGUUGAUCUUCUUAAGGAAAAGAGUGCGAGUGGCAAUCGCCCUGCUCAGAGAGGCCAGCAAAGCAAUCGGACACAUCAUGUCCACACUGUUCUUUCCAGUCAUUACUUUUCUCUUGUUGGCUGUUUGCAUCUCCUACUGGGCGGUUACUGCUGUUCAUCUAGCAUCCUCAGGUGAAGCGAUCUACAAAGUGAUGUCUCCUGAUGUGAGCUGCCCCUAUGUCAACAGUACCUGCAACCCCAAGACCUUCAACAAAACCAACAUCUCCAAAUCGGCAUUAUGUCUGGAUUCUCAGUGUCUGUUUGCCUUCUAUGGUGGAGAGACAUCCUACCACCGCUACCUCUUCCUGCUGCAGCUGUUCAACCUACUGGUUUUCUUCUGGCUGGUCAACUUUAGCUUGGCUCUGGAGCAGUGCACCCUUGCUGGGACAUUUGCUAGCUACUACUGGGCCAGGAGAAAGCCUCAGGAUAUUCCACUAUGUCCACUCUUUUCAUCAUUCAGCAGGACUGUCAGGUAUCACACAGGGUCUUUGGCAUUUGGAGCUCUAAUUCUUUCAGUUGCCCAACUGGUCCAGAUCAUCCUGGAAUACCUGGAGCAGAAACUGAAAGGUGUUGACAACAGCCUGUCAAGGUUCAUAAUGCACUGCCUGAAAUGCUGUUUCUGGUGUUUGGAGAAAUUCUUACGCUACAUGAACCGUAAUGCUUAUAUCAUGGUGGCAAUCUAUGGCAAAAACUUUUGUACUUCAGCCAGAGAAGCCUUCUUCCUACUGAUGAGGAAUAUGGUCAGGGUUGCCAUUCUGGACAGUGUGACAGACUUUCUGUUGUUUCUGGGCAAAGUGCUGAUAGCAGGAGGAGUUGGUGUGGUUGUAUUCUUCUUCUUAAAUAGGAAGAUACCUGUUUUCCAGGAGGAAGUGCCUAAUCUGAACUACUACUGGGUUCCCCUGCUGACGGUGGUGAUAUGUGCCUACCUGAUUGCUCAUGGUUUCUUCAAUGUCUAUGCCAUGUGUGUUGACACACUCUUCCUCUGCUUCUGUGAUGACUUGGAGAGGCAUGAUGGGAGUUCAGAAAAACCCUUCCUCAUGUCCCCAGAGCUGCACAGAAUUUUGGGAAAAUCCAGUCAGUUGCAUUGAUAUCUAUCCACUGCAUCAGCAGCCAGUCUGGUCAGUCUUUAUCAAUCAUUUCUGCAGAAACAUCAGCAGGUGAAGUCCCUGAACACUGAACAAACAUGAGACUACAGAAGGACAAAGAUCUGUGCAACACUGUUACAGGGUCUGAUCUUUGUGGAGUCCCUUUUUUAUGCUGGUGUCAUGUUAGCCCUUGAACUUCAGGGGCUCAGGCUCAACUGCUAAACAUGUGUCCAAAGUGUCACCAAUAUUUAGUCCCUCCAAUGAGUAAGUGAGAAGAGCAUUGUUUCGUAUUGAGAUUCAGUACUGUAUUUGAAACUGCUUCCUCUGAACUUUUAAUUGUAUGUGUUGUGUGUUUUGAAUGAAUGUUCAAAAAACUUUUUUGCAUAAACUUCAGAGUGUGUGUAAAUCAUUGUAGAUGGAAGUGAGUGUGGCCUGAACAAAUGGAUUCACCUGAGACCAAAAAAGGACACAAACAUGUUGGUGUCUACACCUCACAGCCCAGUGCAGUGUGGAACUAGAGGUUCAGCCACAAGACCAAUGUGCUUGUUACAUAUUAAAACCUCACAUAUACUAUACAUAUGUAUACUAUCAAAUAUUAAUAUAUACUUUCAACAUAUUGUACCACAAUAGCCAGAAUUAUAACUAUAAUAUUAUUACUUUCAUUAAUGUUGUUGUAAACUACUGUCAUUACCGUCUGUCCUGCAUCUCUCUCUGUCUCUGUCUUUGUCUCUCUUUCUGUCUCAUUGUGUCAUUAGGAUUACUGAUAUUAUUGUGCUGAUCUGUUGUGUGCGACAUCUAUUGCACGUCUGUCCGUCCUGGAAGAGGGAUCCCUCCUCAGUUGCUCUUCUUCUACCAUUUCUACCGUUUCUACCAUUUUUCCCCCCGUUAAAGGGUUUGUUUUCCCUUAUCCACUGCGAGGGUCCUAAGGACAGAGGGAUGUCAUAUGCUGUAAAGCCCUGUGAGGCUAAUUGUGAUUUGUGAUAUUGGGCUUUAUAAAUAAAAUUGAUUGAUUGAUUGAUUGACAAUA